UUUUUCAGAUACAGGCGAUGGAAGCCUUAUGGAAGCGUCAGGAUUGAAAUCGUCAAAGUUGAAAUAACUUGCAAUGCAUAAAAUCGAUACCCUUGGAAGCCCAAUUUUCAAGCGGUGCAUGACAAAUUUUCCGAGCACCGGAAUCCAAUUUGUCAUGCUGUUUGGGCAGAGACGACUGCUUUUGUCAUGCUACUUUAGCAGCUCUACUCCAAACCCUAAACAGGCUGAGAGUCGGCCUCGCUUGCCAGCCCGGCAAGACAGGCACUUCAUGCCUUGCAUUUUAUGCAUGGCGAAUCAUUUCAACUUUGUCGAUUUCAAACCUGACGCUUCCAUAAGCCUGGAAAGUCCGGCCGCCGAGUGUCCUAGCUGAGACUGAAGAGUUUCAAGCCCUUCGCCCGCCCAUUGACCCGGACAUUGUGAAUCCUCUGCACAUAUCCUGUGCAAAAGUAUCGUAAUCGUAGUAUUGCAAUACAAAUUAGCUCAGCAUGAGAAAUGGAGUUUGUCAUGCUGAUUUAGCUUGAAAAAGAAAUUUGUCUUGCAUGACUGCAAUUACUACGAGUGCGAUACUUUUGCACAGGAUAGCACAGCUUGAAAGUCCGGCUGCCGCGGGAGCAGAAGGAAAUCAAAGAAAAGUACGCUGAGGGUUUUAACUUGGCCGCGCGUAUGAACCGCAAUAUUAUCGCACUCGUAAAAAAAAUGCAUUACAAAUUUCCUCAGCAUGAUGAAAAAUAAAAACUUCUAAUGCGGAUUCACCUUAGGGAAAAAAUUUGUAAUGCAUGACUGCAAUACGAGUCUACGAUACUUUUGCACAGGAUAGCGCGACGGUUCCACGACAAGUAUGAGGUGGACAGGGUGACUGAGGAGCUCCGGGCGAGACGCCGUCCUCCCGGGAGCCAUGAUCGGGCGGACGCCCGGAACGGACCAGAACAAGCGACCAUCUACCGCCGGCACCCGUUCCAGACACCCACCCAGAUUCGGGAAACUACAUAUUUUGAGGAAAAACGUCCCCACACCAGAGUUGUAAUGCAGAUUUGCAAAGACAGGAAGACUUGUAAUGCGCAUCCCCAUGAGAGCCAUUUCCAAUCGUGGUUUGGAAUUUUUGAUGCUGUGAACAGGAUGAGCAGAUGAAUCUGUGACGCGGCUGCACUUGCUAACCUGCACUACACUGCGGAAUGCAGCUUUUCAUGCGUGACUCACAAAACUCCUAGUUUUGUGGUGCAAAAUCCCCAUCCUGACUCUGGUGUGGGGACGUUUUUACUCAGGAGACUACAGACCCCAGAUUCACGUUUCACGAACGUGAGAGAAUUAGCAACACCCCGCCUCCGCCGGAUGACGGGGAAGAUGAACACAGGAGGCUGAGCUACAAUGAGGUUAGAUACCUCAGAAAGCAGAGAAAGGAGCUUCGGACCGCCCACGAAAUCUAUUCGGCCUAUAAAGAUCGAGAUGAGUUUAUCGUAUAGAAAAAACUGUUUCACUUUAAGGACUUUGCAAGUUUUGCAUUACAAGUUCGCUACACAUUACAAAGAAGACUUGCCAUGCAAGGAUCCUAAGGGAAAACACCGCUAAAAAUAACUUGUCUUGGAUAUCAUGUAGCAAGACAAGCACUUCAGUGAUGCAUUUUCUGCAUCACAAGUUCACAGUGAAGCAGUUUUUUCUUGCGAUAGAGUUACCCCUCCUCAACGACGCGCAAUUUGACUUGGAAAAGGCGAAAAAGUAUGGAUUCGCAAAAAUGUUUGGGUCUGGAAGAUUGAUGAAACUUGUUAUGCUAAAUCCGAAUCAUGCAGAAAUCUGUGUUGUAUGGGUGCCAAAAGCUCGUCGCCACUUUCGACCAAGUUUGGACUGAGUUUCUCAUGCAGGAUAGGCAUGAUGGCAGAGACCUCACAGUAGACUCUGUCAUGCUAGGUCCCGCAUAAUUCCAGACCUCAUGGGUCAUCGUCAUGGAAAAACCUGCAUGACAAGUUUACUACACUCUUCCAGACCCAGAGGACAUAUUCGCACUUGAUAAAAAGAGCGACGAGUACCGGAAUUAUCUGCGCAAAAUGAAGGACGAGGACCCCGACCGGCCGUAUCUGGGCUGUGCCAGCUAUGGAAAGUGUCAGGAUUGAAAUCGUCAAAGUUGAAAUAGUUUGCCAUGCAUAAACUGCAAGGCAUGAAGUGCCUCGCUUGCAGGGACGGCAAGCGAGGCCGACUGUCAGCCUGUUUGGGGUCCUCUGCGAUAGAGAUGCUAAAGUAGCAUGACAAAAGGCGCCCUCUUUCCCUAAGCAGCAUGACAAACUGGAUUUAGGCGAUGCCGAAAUUUGUCAUGCACCGCUUAGAAAUUGGGCUUCCAACUGGUAUCGAUUUUAUGCAUCACAAAUUUUUCGACUUUGUCGAUUUCGAUCCUGACACAUCCAUAUCCGCACAGCAGUUGGUGGAAGUCCAUGCACCGGGUGCGGGAUGUGUGCGGCAAGCGAUUUCGAGUAUUUCUGCCUAUCAAAUGCAAAAACGUCUGGGUCUGGAAGGUUGCACCUUGUGAUGCUGUCUUUGGAAAGAAAAAAAAAUCUGUAUUGCAUGACCAGCAAGAGGAGUUCAGUUUGUGCUACGCGGAGCGGGCGUUUCUCAUGCGGAAUACGCAUCGGAAGUCCCUUUGAAAAUCUGUGAUGCUAGGUCAUGCAUUACGGGCAUCAUGGGUUAUGCGAAAUAUGCAUGAGAAGCCUGCUAGUAAUCUUCCAGACCCAGACAUUUUUGCACUUGAUACUGCCCGUGGCCGCACAAGACCGACCCGAUAGCGGGGGGCGAUGCCUACCAAGGGGUGUUACAGGUGUUGGCGGGGACGGUGGGG